UAUGCACAUUGCUGAUCUUUCAAGACCGAUGAUAGAAGACAAAAAGUUUAUUAUAUCAGAUGUAAAAAGAAUCCCGCGAGAAGAUAAGAAAGACGACAUCAAGUAUUGCAUAUCAGGUGUGGCAGAAGAUGUUUCUAUGUCGUCACCUCAGAAAAUAGUCGAUGGCUUGAAAAUGUCCACGCCGUUCCAAACACCCGUAUCUAGUGAGGAAGAUAUUUUACGAAUUGCCGCUCCGCAUCGACAUUGGUCGCCAACAAACAUUCCACCAGGUCCGUUGCCCAGGAAGAAAGAUAUCCUGAAAGAAGAAAUGGAACGUAGAAAAAAAGCUAGAGAUGAAGCAUUUAAGCUGAUUUAUGGAGAUAAGAAUGAGCAAACUGCAUCUUAUUCGACGACUCGCGAUGAUCCAGAAGCAUUCGACUCUCAGAAAUUGAUAAAAAAAAUCGAAAAGAAGAAAGAUGACACAAAGGAAAGUCAUACAAAUGUAAAGAAGGAAACGUCCAAAGCGAUAAUGAAAUUACAAUCAUUGAGCAAGAAGAAUAGCAGCAAAAUAGGAUAUCAUAAAGGCGCAUCGCAUAAAGAAAUUACUGGUAAAGUAGUUCGUGAAGAGAAUAAAUAUUCCGAAGGAGCUGUUGGCGAGAUCGGCCAUCAGCAAAAUGUAUCAUACAGACAAGUGAUCGAUAAGACAGCAGAACAGAUUGAUCAUGGAAAUCAUCGAAUAAACGGCGGCGGCGAUAAAAAAUGUAUAAACAAUAAAUCCGAUCUUGUAACGAUAAUGAAGGUUGAAUUAAAGAAAAUGGCUGCAGAAGGUUAUGCAUUUGCCAAAUUGCCGAAAUGUUAUCUAAUGCCGCAGCUUCAAGAUUGGCUCAUGUACAGGGAGGGUGUUGUUUUCUCGGAAACGGACAAAAAAAAUUUGAUGCAAGCGACCCGUACCACUUGGGAAUUAAUAAACUUGCAAAAGAUGGAGAUCGAGAAACCAUCAUUGCACAUGACAAAACAUCAACUGAAGAGAUUGACUUAUGAUCAAGUUGACAGGAUAAGGAAAAAGAUUGAAAAGAUCAGAGAGACAUAUCACAGCGAAGUGCGUAAAUCGCGCGUUUCUUACGCCCGUAUGAUGUGGAGUACCAUGGAACAUGGAAAAUUUCCUUCCGCGUCAUUCAAAAGAACUUUCUUUACAUAUAUGGCUAGCAAAGAAGCCGAUGGACACGUUUAUAGACCAUGGUUGCCUUCCGAGGCACGCGAACGAGAUUUCAAUUUUUGUUGCUACUAG